AUUUGUAAAACAAUAGUUUACACAAUUCUCGUAACAGGGAGUGACAUAUAUACGUCAUUAAGUUCUGAAAAAUCCUAAAAUAAUACAUAAGAACUGUGACAUAUGUACUCAACCUCUUCAUUGUUUGCUUGAAUACCAGUAUUUUGUUAAUUACAGUGGUGUUAUUAAUUGUAACAUCAAUUAAGAGAAGACAAGCUUCUAUAUUUCUAAAUGUGUUGAAUCAUGGAAGAUAGCGGUAUUGAUAGUGAUCCUAAAGCUGUUAACCACGUUGAGGAUGAAAGACUCUUCUUGGGCAGCGAUAGCAGUUGCAGCAGUAACCACACACAGGUUUCUCAACGGAAUACAACGAAACAGCUGCAAAAGAAACUUGAGACACGUAUCGAACAAGCGAAACGAAUCCAACGCAACUCAGAUUACAUAAAGCUUCCAAAAUAUGACAAUGAAAAUGCAAGCAGCACCAGUUCCGGAUUGAUAUCAAUUCAAAGAUUGCCUAUACCACAUAAAAAUAAGGAACAUCUUCCUCUAGUCGAAUACUGGCAUAGCGAUAGUGAAAGUGGGGAUGAAAUGACUCUCUUUCCGGCGAAAUCUAAGGAUUCCUCAAAGCACAAACAAGAUCUCACAGACACGUUCAGCAUCGGGGAAUUAAGCGACGAAAGCGAGGACUCUUUGAAUCUGGAUCCAGCGCAACCACCACGUCCCUUCAUGCGAACUUACGUACCUACUGGGUGUUGCCAUUGCCACAUAUUAUAAUGUAAUAUAGUUUGCACACUGGACUGAGAUCGCUUUAAAUCGAUCGAUUAUUAUUUAAGUAUCAAUAUGCCAUUGAAAACAUAUUUACAUAUUAUAAACUUUUACCAAGUUAUGUUUUCUUCAAGUUUAUUUUGAGUUACGAAAUCAAUUUAUUGUAUCACAUUGAAUCAUAUAUUGUUUACGGAGAAACACGUGCUUAAUUAUUAAAAUUAUUUUAUUAAA